CCAGGACCGGCUCAAGCCGCCCUGCAGGAGGCCUCCCUCCCCCGCGCCCCCUCCUCUCCCCAGUGCUCCCUGGCAACCCCCCCCCCCCCCACUUCCCCCUCCCCUCUCGGCCCGCUGGCUCGGUCGCCAUGGGAACCAGAUUCUUCAGGGCUGGGAACACAUGCGCCUUCUUUGGCCUUUUCGCUCCCCCUAGCACCGGGGGGGGGGGGCGGGGGGGGACAGCUACCUCCGGGAGUCGUGACUUGGUAGUCCCUGAGCUCCGUGCCUCCGCCCCCCUCCACGGUCCCUGUACCGCUACCGCGGAACCAGCCUCUUGCGCUGGGGCAGCCCCUUCCUCUCCCGUGAGGGGGCAGGCAGGGCUCCUGGGUCUCGCGGGAGCGAGCUGACAGCCUCAGUUUCCCUAUGCCUCCUAGGAGUGCUUCCCCUUUUCCGGGCAGGCUUCCCGGCCAGCUCGCCGGGCCGGCCCCACCGGCUGGGGAGGUGGUGGAGAGCAGACGCCUCCCCCGUUUUGAGCAGGGGGAAACGGAGGUCCCGGGGUCGAUCUAAGCAGGGUGGGGGCUGCCCCGGGGCUCUCCUCCACCUCUCCGUGAGUCACCGCCCCCCUGUGGACUCUUACUCCCACUCCCUCUCCCUGGGAGCCGGGAGGGAGAGCAGGCGGAGGAGCUGGUCUGAGCACGCCCUGUCCCCCCGCCCCCCCACCUCCCCCCGCCCCCCCUCCUAGCUUCAAGAUGCAGCCCACGCCCACCAUGGCCACCGCCGCCGCAAGCACCGCCGCCACGGCUGCCCUGACCUCGAGGUGGGACAACACCACCAGCAGCCCCACCGCGGAGCCUGACCCCAUCCUCAACAACUACGUGCUGCUGGUGGUGGUCCUGUCGCUCUUUGUCGGUGGCACUCUCGUGGUGCUGUCCGGAGUCCUGCUCCUGUGCAGGCGCUGCUGGGAGGUCCACCGGCGCUUCAACAGAGCCAUGGAGGAAGCAGAGAAGACCACCACCACGUACCUGGACAGCAGCGCUCAUCCAGCCCAAGACCCUGACUUCAGGGGGGAGGACCCCGAGGGCCAGGACGCGGAGACGGAACGCUUCCUGUCCACCAGCUCCACGGGCCGCCGGGUGUCCUUCAACGAAGCAGCCCUGUUUGAGCAGAGUCGGAAGUCACAGGACAAGGGGCGCCGAUCAUCACCAUCCACGAGUGCGAGUUGGGUGAAGCCAGCGCCACCACCCCCCCCCACGCCGCUGCCGCCCCCAAGGCCAGUCUCGCCAUAUUCCAGCUCCGCCCUGCCAGGUGACCCCUACAACUCGGCCGCGGGCCCUGCCGACUUCGAGAUCAGCCCCUUGGCGUCCAGCGACUCCGGGGAAGGCGCCUGGGUGAGGGCCCCCGAGCGGCCCCUCCCCUCCCUGCCCCACUCCAGGACUGAGGCGGAUGCAGGCGCCCGGAGCACCAAGCCCGUCGGGUCAGGGGCCACAGGGGGACCCGAGGAGGCAGGUCCAGGCUCCGGGGCAGGACCUGUCCUGCAUUUCUUCACCCGCCUGCGGCGCCACACCAGCCUGGACGGGGCCAGCCCGUACUUCAAGGUCAAGAAAUGGAAGCUGGACCCCAGCCAGCGGGCAUCUAGUCUGGACACAAGAGGCUCCCCCAAGCGGCACCACUUCCAGCGGCAGCGGGCAGCCAGCGAGAGCACCGAGCAGGAGGAGGGGGACGCCCCCCACAUGGACUUCAUCCAGUACAUCGCCGGCGCAGGCGACACGGUGGCCUUCCCGCCCCCCCGUCCCUUUCUGGCCAGCCCCGCCAGCCCAUCCCCCGCUCUCGGCAGGUAUUUUGUAGUAGCUAGAAGCGUCAGGGGUGGACCUGUGGGCCCCUGCCCCACCCAGUCCCCCGCCAAGUGGCCUGGGGAGGGCUUUCCCCACCCUGCAGACCUACCACAUCCUUCCAGCUCCAUUGUCCCUCCUGGAGACUGCCUCACUGGGGCCACCUCUCCAGCAAGGACCGGAAGAGGGAAACUGGGGGAGACUGGGCUAGAGGCAGCGGAGGAGGCGGGCGCCGCGGGAGGAGCGAGCCCCGAGUCUCCCCCCGAGCGCAGUGGUGGUGCGGGGCCUGAGCAGCAGCAGGAAUCUGAUGGUGAGCGGGACUCGGGGCCAGAGCAGGCCCAGACCACCUACCGGGAUAUCUGGAGCCUGCGAGCCUCUCUUGAGCUGCACGCGGCUGCCGCCUCGGACCACAGCAGCAGUGGCAACGACCGCGACUCGGUGCGCAGCGGCGACAGCUCGGGCUCGGGCUCCGGGACCACCGUGCCCACUUUCCCACCACCCUCGCCGCCCCCCACCCCCCGGCCGGCAGACAGCGAGGCGGGAGGCCCGCGAAAGCUGUUGCAGAUGGACAGCGGCUACGCCAGCAUUGAGGGCCGCGGCGCCGGCGAGGACGGGCUCCUCAGCGCGUCCGAGAAGCGCUCUUCCUUCACCAGCGCCGGCCGCACGGCCACUGUGGGCACCAGCUUCGAGGGGGCGCCGGCGCCCACCGAGGCGCCCGUCCGGCCCCGCAGCCCGCGCGCCUGGCCCCGCCGCGCCCCGCGCCGCGACUACAGCAUUGACGAGAAGACGGAUGCACUCUUCCACGAGUUCCUGCGCCACGACCCGCACUUCGACGACACGCUGCCCUGCGCCACGCGCCAUCGCGCGCGCGCGCACCCCCACACGCGCAAGCAGUGGCAGCAGCGCGGCCGGCAGCACAGCGACCCCGGCGCGCGCGCCACGACCCCUGCCCCGCCCGCGGCCCCUUUCGGGGCCGACUCCCGCCCCACACGCGCGCCUCUGCGCCGAGGCGACAGCGUCGACUGCCCCCCAGAGGGCCGCGCGGGCGACGAACCGGCCGCGCCCGCCAUCCCGGUCAUCGAGGAGGAGCCCGGCGGUGGCAGCAGCACCUGCCCCGGCUCGGGCCUGUGCGUCGGGCCCCCGGGGACGCUGCUGGACAAGCUGGCGGCUGGCCUCGAUGACAGACUCUUCCCGCCGCGCCUCGCCCAGCCCAUCGCCACCGCUCCCACGCUGGCCGCCGCCGCGCCCACGUCUCCCGACCACAGCCCUGCCUAAGCCCUGCCUCCUGCACCCACCUCGUCAGCUUCUCCGGCGCCGCCCGGGACCCCUGCCGCGGGACCCGCCUGGGGCGCGACGCUCCAGGGCGCGAGCGCUGGGGCCGCGGGGCCUCGCGCGCGCACGCGCGCAGGUCUUCUGGCCGCCCCCACGUGCGCGUGCUCGCGUCCUCAUGACACCCUCGAGCUGCCUCUGGUGGGCACGCGCACACGGUCCCCGUCGGGCACUUAGCAGGUGCCCUGUGGCUUCCCAAAGCGCGAGGCUGCAGGGCCCUGGCUCAGCUGGAGGGGGCGAGGCAGGCUCUCCUCUUCGGGCUCCGGGGGAGAACGUUCACCUGCCUUCCACCCUAGACAGCAGCCUCUGAGUGGUGGCGUCUCGGGCACAGAGCACCGGGAGGCGCUCGCGCAGGACCUGCUCCCUGGGGCAGGGGCGGGCGGGGCGGGGCGGCGCAUGCGCAGGGCGCCCCUACCAGGACCAGUGGAGCCUCGAGGCGUGUCUGGGCUGCACGCGCUGAAGGCCUUCCCAGGGCGCAUGCGCGGGCCCUCGAGGGCCCGGGGCUCCGGAGAGAUCGGGGCCGGCCGGCGCCGGCUC